AUGAAGGAUUUUAGAAUCUGUGUAGUGACACUGUUUUUUAUCGUCAACACUAUCAAGAUUGUAUACGGUCACUGUUCAUCCGUCACUGUACCUCUGUCCUUUUUCGCUCAAGAAAACAAGACUUUAACAGGGUUUACAUAUCGUCGAAUCACACAUGUACCCAACGUCCAGAUAUGCGCCAAGAACUGUCUUCUUCAUCGGAAGUGUCGUUCGAUCAACUACAACAGUGACCUUUUGGAUUGCGAGUUGAACUCUGCAGACCAUCUUGGCGAGCCACAAGCGCUGUCCACAUCCGUGACGUCACAGUACUACAUCAUUGAUGGUUGGCCUGAGCUACUCCUGGGUGGAUGUCAACAGCAUUCGUGUCCCGCGACGCACGUGUGUGAAGAUCAGUUCCUCAGUGUAGAUCCCACAUUCAGAUGUGUGGAAUAUGAGAUUUCGACUACCACUCCUUUGUCCCCAACGAUUGGUUGUACAAAUCUACUUCCAGCUGUGUCAGAAGUGAUUGCUAACUCUGAACUUGUAACAUUUUCACCUGUGGCGUGUGUCUAUUCGCCGGGAAUGACAUUUGAAACACUGUUGCACAAUUACCGCAAUGGACAGUUUAACUGGUUCAACCUCCAGCCGGUAAUAGAUGGAUGUGCUGUUCUUGCGCAUACGAACUCUUACAAAUAUUUUGGAAUCGAAUUUUAUGGGGAGUGUUGGGUCGGGAAUGAUUUCGUUGAAUCGUCCCAUGAAAUGAUACCGGCAGACCAGUGUGACUCGAAAACAUACAGGGCAGUGGGAACUGAGAAUGUUAUUUGUGUAUAUGAAGUAUUGUAA